AUGCGCGCGCAUGAUUGGAAUGCGCCCGGCCGCCGCCAUAAGGGCAGAACGGGCCGGCGGCCGCGCAGCCGCCUGGCCCCGCAUGCGGCCGCGUCAGCGCGUUCCGCGGUAAUCCUCGAGCCGAUAAAACCUGCAAAUCCUGCGGUCGUUCUCACUCAAGGUAAAGCUGGCUGCUGGACAGAUCAAGUCCUGGUGAAAAGGAGUCACUGCAAGGGCGCCACUGAGGCAUUAACGGCAGAGCAUUCCACAUUCAAGCAGCAUAUCAGACUUGAAAGAUGGAUUUUGAUUAUGAGGAGCAAGAGAAUGUGGUGCCCAUCAAAGCAGCAAAGGCCGCAAAAGCAAAAGCUGCAAAGCCCAGCAAUGGGCCUCCACUCCAAAGCAUCUCCGCUCACAACAGAUGUCAAGUUUGUGCCUGGGCUGUACAAGAUCUUUGAUGAGAUCCUGGUGAACGCCGCAGACAACAAGCAGCGGGACUCCAGCAUGGACUCGCUCAAGGUCACCAUCGAUCCUGAGAGCAACACUAUCAGCGUGUACAACAACGGAGCGGGCCUGCCGGUCGAGGUUCACGCCGAGGAAGGCGUCUACGUGCCUGAGCUGGUCUUUGGGCAUCUGCUCACAAGCAGCAACUACGACGACUCUCAGAAGAAGACCACGGGCGGCAGGAAUGGGUAUGGAGCGAAGCUGACCAACAUUUUCUCCACCGAGUUUGUGAUUGAGACGGCGGAUGGGGCGAGGGGCCGCAAGUACAAGCAGGUCUUCUCAAACAACAUGGGCGUGAAGGGCAAGCCAGAGAUCAAGAGCUGCAAGCCAACCGACAACUGGACACGGGUCACAUUCAAGCCGGACCUCUCUAAGUUCAACAUGGACCAUCUAGAAGCUGACGUUGUUGCGUUGAUGAGCAAGCGUGUUUGUGACAUGGCCGGGUGUCUCGGCAAGACGGUCAAGGUGGAGCUGAACGGGAGCAGGCUUCCGAUCAAGGACUUCAGCGACUACGUCAACAUGUUUAUGCGGCCAACCAACAAUGCGAGGAAGGAGCAGGGCCAGCCCGAGCUGGACCGCUUCUACCACAAGACUGACCGCUGGGAAGUGGUAGUGUCCCAGAGCGGGGGGCAGUUCCAGCAGGUCAGCUUCGUGAACAGCAUCUGCACGACGAAGGGAGGCUCCCAUGUGAACUACGUCACGGACCAGGUCGUGAACCACGUGAUGGACUGGAUCAAGAACAGCAAGAAGAAGGACGUCAAGUCCGCGGGCGUCAAGAACUUUCACGUGAAGAACCACCUGUGGGUGUUUGUCAACGCGCUCGUCGACAACCCCGCGUUCGACUCGCAAACCAAGGAGACGCUCACGACUCGCCAGGCGCAGUUCGGGUCCACGUGUCAGUUGCCGGAGAAGAUCCUCAAGAACGUUGUGAACUCGGACAUCGUGCAUGCGGCGCUGUCCGUGGCGUCCGCGAAGCUGCAGAAGGACCUCAAGAAGACGGACGGCGCGAAACGCACGCGCCUGGUGGGCAUCCAGAAGCUGGACGACGCCAACGACGCAGGCGGCAGAUACUCCGCGGACUGCACGCUCAUCCUCACCGAGGGCGACUCCGCCAAGACCCUUGCGGUGAGCGGGCUGGGCGUGGUUGGGCGCGACAAGUACGGCGUGUUCCCGCUGCGCGGCAAGCUGCUGAACGUGCGCGACGCGAGCACGAAGCAGAUCACGGACAACGCGGAGAUCAGCCUGAUCAAGCAGAUCAUGGGCCUGCAGCACGGCAAGGUCUACGAGGACACCAAGGCGCUGCGCUACGGCCACCUCAUGAUCAUGACCGACCAGGACCACGACGGGUCGCAUAUUAAGGGCCUCCUCAUCAACUUCUUGCACUCCUUCUGGCCGUCGCUGCUCAAGAUCCCGGGCUUCCUCCUCGAGUUCAUCACGCCCAUCGUCAAGGCGACCCACGGAAACCAGAAGCUGUCGUUCUACACCAUCCCCGAGUACGAGAGCUGGAAGGAGUCCCUGGGCCCGGCCGCCAAAAACUGGAGCAUCAAGUACUACAAAGGUCUUGGUACAUCCACCCCGUUGGAGGCGAAAGAGUACUUUGCGGACCUUGACAUGCACCAGAAGGAGUUCCGUUGGACCGGAGAGCAGGACGGCGACUGCAUCGAGCUGGCCUUCAGCAAGAAGAAGAUUGAGGCGCGCAAGGCCUGGCUCUCCAACUGCGAGCCGGGCACGUUCCUGGACCAGAGCGUGGACGUCAUCCCGUACCACGACUUCGUGAACAAGGAGCUCAUCCUGUUCUCCAUGGCCGACCUGGCCCGCUCCAUCCCUUCCGCCGUCGACGGGUUCAAGCCGGGCCAGCGGAAGAUCCUCUUCGGCUGCUUCAAGCACAAGGUCAAAAAGUCGGUCAAGGUGGGCAUUUUGCAGGGCAUCAUCAGCUCGAGCACGGCGUACCACCACGGCGACACCAGCCUGCAGGCGACCAUCAUCGGCAUGGCGCAAAACUUUGUGGGCAGCCAGAACAUCAACGUGCUCAACCCGGAGGGCAUGUUCGGCUCCAGGCUCAUGGGCGGCAAGGACGCCUCUCAGCCGCGGUACAUCUCGACCCGGUUGGAGAAGGUCGCGCGCGCGAUCUUCCCGCAGCUGGACGACAACGUGCUGACGUACCUGGAUGACGACGGCCUCUCCAUAGAGCCGCAGUGGUACGUGCCCAUUCUUCCGAUGGUGCUGGUCAACGGCAGCGAGGGCAUCGGCACCGGGUGGAGCAGCUUCGUGCCGCAGUACAACCCGCGCGAGAUCGCGGAGAACAUCAAGCGCAUGCUGGACGGCCAGGAGCCGACGCCCAUGACGCCCUGGUACCGGGGAUUCACGGGCACGAUCGAGAAGAACGGCGACAAGUCGUACACGCUCAGCGGGCGCAUCAGCAAGGUGGACGACACGACCCUGGAGAUCACGGAGCUUCCGGUGCGGCGGUGGAGCACGGACUACAAGGAGUUCCUCGAGGGCCUGCUCACCGGCGGGGAGAAGAACGAGCAGCCCUUCAUCAAGGACUACCGCGACAACGGCGGCGACUUCAAAGUCCAGUUCACGGUGCAGCUAAGCGAGGAGCGGAUGAAGGAGGCGGAGGCGGCGGGGCUGCUGAAGAAGUUCAAGCUGACCACCACCGUCAGCACCAGCAACAUGCACCUCUUCAACAGCAAGGGCAAGAUCACCAAGUACGACACGCCCGAGCAGAUUCUGGCCGACUUCUUCCCCCUGCGCCUCGAGUACUACAAGAAGCGGAAGGCGUACAUGAUGGAGGACGCGCGCUUCGAGGUGCGCAAGAUCAGCAACCGCGUGCGCUUCAUCCUGGACGUCGUCGAGAAGCGGCUCGAGGUGCGCAACCGCAAGAAGGCCGACCUCGUCGCGGAGCUCGCGCACAAAGGCUUUGACGCCAUGCCCAAAGCGCGCAUGAAGCGCGCGCACGUCGCGCAGCCGGCCGCGGAGGACGGGGAUUCCGAUGGCGAGGGCGCGGACGCGGCCGCGAAGGCGCCCGACGGCGCGAGCUACGACUACCUGCUGUCGAUGCCGCUGUGGACGCUGACGGCGGAGCGGGUGCAAGACCUGCUGCGGACGAAGCAGGAGGAGGAGACCAAGCUGGCCGACCUGGAGGGCCUGCCCGAGGCGACCAUGUGGCGGACCGAUCUCGACUACUUCCUCCAAGUGCUCGACGAGAAGGACGUGGAGGACGCGGAGCAGGCGGCGUCCCACAUGAAGAACGCGGCCAAGGGGAACAAGAGCCGAAAAGGCGCCGGCAAGCCGGGCAAGGCGGCGGGCAAGAAGAAGAAGAAGGGCGACGACUCAGGGGAAGAGAGCGACGACGAGUAUACCGGAGAGAAGAAAAAGGUGGUGAAGCGCCCGCCGGCGGCCCCAAAGCCGAAGCCUGCCGCUUCGGCCUCCACCCAGCUGAAGCCCUCCACGUCAGCCAGCACGGCUGCCACUGCCAGCACGUCCGGCCCCUCGAAGGCGAGCUCCUCGCUCGCGACUUCCAAGCCUAAGCCCCCUCCGGCCCCCGCAAGCGCUGCCCCGAUCGAAGAAGAGGACGAGGACGAAGAGGAGGACUUGAUGUCGAUGUCCCUGACGGAGCGGCUGACCCACCUGGCCAAGCAAGGCCUUCAAACCAAAAAGGCGACUCAGGAGGCAACAGCACCAGUUCCUGCGGCGGCGGCGAGCAAAGGUGCGGGCAAGCGGCCGGCUGCCAAGAAGGCCGUCAUCAGCGAGAGCAGCGAUGAGACGGACCGCGAGAGCGGCCGCGCCGUCGACAGGGCCCCGCCGGCGAAACCCCCCGCAGGCGCGGCCAAGCCCCGUGCUGCUGCCCGGAAGACGUUCCAAAUCGACAGCGACAGCGAGGAGGAAGACGCGGACCUGGCCGACAUCCCGCCGCCCAAGGCCGCACCCGCCCGCCCGGCACGGGUGCCUGCAAAGAAGAGCUACCAGAUCGAAGACAGCGAUGACGAAAGCGAUGGAGGGAGCGAGAACGAGGCCGACGAGGCAGCCCCGCCUCCCCCCGCGCCGAAACCGAAAGCAGUCGCGGCCCCGAAGCCCAAGCCCGCUGCCAAGAAGAGCUCCAAGGUGCUCAGUUCAGAGGAGUCGGACUUCGAGCCGGAGGACGAGGACUCCGACUUUGAGGAGCCCAAGCCCAAGAAGAAGCUCGCGCCGAAGAAGCUGGCGCCUCUGCCCGCCAAGGCUCCCAGGGCACCCAAACCCCCUGCAGCGGCGGGGAAGAAGCGGACGCUAGGAGCCAAGGCGCCGAAGAUUCUGAGCGACACCGAGGAGAGCCAGGCUGGCACCUCACCAAACGACGACGCAGACGUCCCGGUAGACUCUCCCGCCCGCAAGUCCCCCGACAAGAAGGUGCGCCGCAUGCGGCCGUCCCCCUUCAACAAGAAGAGCGGCUCCUUGCUGGCUGCCGCCCCGGUCACAAAGGGCCCCGCCUUGGACCUGGAGGCAGGGGCCGAUGAGGCGCCCGGGGGAGGCGGCCGCCGACCGGCACGUGCUGCGCGGAACCAGAUCAGCUACGUGGACCUGGACGGCGAGUCGGAGGAAGACGAAGCGAGCGACGAGGAGUUUUCUGAGUAGGGCGGAAAGGAAGAAGGGUUUGGUUUGAAGUUUGAAGGGCGAGUGUUUAGAGGGGUACUAGACAGCAUGUUGAGUGUGGUCGAGCAGAUGGUGCAUUCAAUGCAGAUUCAACGAGUAUUUUGUUGAAAUUUGACGGUGUUUAGUUGGCUGCAGCCAGUAAGACAGACGCUCAUUGGUGGGCUUUGAGCUUCUAGUGUCGCUAGUAGCGGGACAGUAAGAUACUCUUUGCUGUUCCGUCUUCUGAAAUGCCUGGGCAGGCAUGUUACGAGAGCAACGACGCAGCAUAUUUAGUCUGCGCAAGGCAUCACAAAAGACACUCGAUGAAGUCAUGCACUUCUCCCUUGUAUUCACUGCGCUGCAUUUUGGAAGUCGAC